GACGUGUGCACGCUCGGGAGUAGAAUGGCAUCAUCAUGGGCAAAGAGAAACCAGGAGCCCAGCAAGAUGUUGGCGUUGGCGAUGCUGCUCCUCGCCUCACUCCUAAACGGAGGAGUCAUGGCACAGGAUGAGGAAAUCGUCGCGGCAAUAGCCCCAUCUCUGGAGGCACCGGUACGAGGAGAUAUGAUUCCAGAGGCAACUACAGAGCCAGAAGAUCCACAGGUCAUGGUUUUCCCUACACCGGGACCUAUACAGCCGACUGAAAAGACCACAGCCGCUACAGACGAGGCAGGAGACACUGUGAACAGCAGCCCAGCGGCUUCAGAGGAGGCGGCUGGUGAGGGAACUCAGACCACUGCUGAGGCACAGACCGACAAACCUAAGGCCGAGGUCGCAGAUACCCAAGCUCCUAUGCCAUCUAGAGGUGAUGGCCCCGGAAACGUUCCAGGGCAGGCGCCAAAUGAUGAUGUUGUGUGUGUCACCAAAGAGGCCGUGCAGAACAAAAACGCUGUCAGUCUGAAACUCAAGGCCUCCUCCAACUGUAAAGACACCAAACAGAAGAUUGAAAGUGUUGUGCAGGAGCUGUGUGGUGAGGACUGUAAACUGGAGCUCUACCAGGAGGACAAUUCCGAUGAAAUCCUUGUGUCUGGAAAAUAUGUGGAAGACGACAUCGCAGGCAUGGCCAACAAGUUCAACAAUGACAACAUCAAAGACAAGGUCGACGUGGAGGAAGCUCUUCCUCGCUGGGGGAAGAACUCUAAGCUGGUCCUGGUUUCCCUGCUGCUGACUGGCCUGCUGCUUGCUGCUGUGCUGAUGGCUGGUUAUUACUUCAAGACCCACCGCAAGAGCUCCAAAGGAGUCCGCCUGGCCGAGUCUUUCCAGGUGGAUGAGGAGAACCAGGCCAACACCCUGGUGUCCGUGGCCCCUCUGCCCCAGGAGCCCCUCGACAAGCCCACUCCCAACGGAGAGGCUGCACCUGAGAACGGGACCAGUCAGACCCCCACCACUAACGGACACUCCCAGACCCCGGUGGCCGACACGGAGAUGUGAAUCACGACACCCACAAGCCCCCCCUCAUCGUCCUGUCCUACCAGUCACACACUGGGACACACCACCCACAAGCUCCUGUGCUGCCUCAGAGACUGUCCACACA